CAUGGCAAACUGGCUGCUUCUGGUUCCAAGACCGAGACGCAUAAUAAACACAAAGCUGCACCGGUGCUCCGAGGAAAACACAAAGCCAAGCGCAGUACUGAGGUUUUCUAAAACUGAAGCCCAACGGAGUCAGACUGCCUAGAAGAAGAGCUCAUACGGCAUGCAAAGUUGUGAAAUAUCGUCAGACAGCACUGAUGAUUCUCAUAGUAGUGGCCCACGACGACCUCCUCAUCGGCAGCCUCGGAUAGUGGUGAUCGGCGCUGGCCUAGCCGGACUCGCUGCGACCAAGACCCUGCUGGACGCCGGCUUCACGGACGUCAGGCUCCUUGACGCGUCCCACCGCGUCGGGGGGAGAGUGCAGAGCAUACAGCACGGUACAGCCAGCCUCGAGCUCGGGGCCACCUGGAUCCAUGGCACCAACGGGAACCCCGUGUACCACCUGGCCCAGGAGAACGGGCUGCUGGAGCACACCACGGACAGCGAGCGCAGCGUGGGACGCAUCAGCCUCUACGGCAAGAACGGCGUGGCCCACUACCGGACCGACAGGGGCCGCCGGAUCCCCAAAGACCUGGUGGAGGAGUUCAGCGACCUGUACAACGAGGUGUUUAAGCUGACACAGGAGUUCUACCAGAACGGGAAGCCGGUGUGUGCUGAGAGCCAGAACAGCGUGGGCGUGUUCACACGGGACUACAUGCGCCAGCGCAUCACGUCAGACCCCGACGACUCAGACGCCGUCAAGAAGCUCAAACUCUCCCUGCUGCAGCAGUACCUCAAAGUGGAGAGCUGUGAGAGCAGCUCCCCCAGCAUGGACGAGGUGUCCCUGAGCGAGUUCGGCGAGUGGACGGAGAUCCCCGGCGCCCACCACGUCAUCCCGGGCGGCUUCAUGAAGAUCGUGGACAUCCUGGCGCGGGACAUCCCGCCCCGGAACGUCUCCCUGGGGAAGGCCGUCCGCUGCGUCCACUGGACCGCCUCGGCCCAGGGGCAGACGCAUCAGCGGCGGGGGGGCGGCGGGGGCAACCGGACGCGGGGGGAGGGCGGCCGCGACGGCGACCACAACGAAAACGAGCGCAACGCCGCGGGCGACCGGCUCAUCCUGGGCGCCGGGCGGGCGGUGCGCGUGGAGUGCGAGGACGAGGAGUGGCUGGCGGCCGACCACGUGAUCGUCACGGCGUCGCUGGGCGUGCUGAAGGACCGGCACGAGGCGCUGUUCUCGCCGCCACUGCCCGAGGAGAAGGUGCUGGCCAUCGAGAAGCUGGGCAUCAGCACCACCAACAAGAUCUUCCUGGAGUACGCCCAGCCCUUCUGGAGCCCCGAGUGCAACAGCAUCCAGCUGGUGUGGGAGGAGGAGGAGGAGGAGGAGGAGGGGGGGGGGGAGGGGGAGAAGAAGGAGGCGGGGGAGGAGGCGGGGGGGGAGGCGGGGGAGGGCCGGCGGUCGGCGCUCCCGGAGGAGCAGUGGUACAAGAAGAUCUGCUCGUUCGACGUGCUGUACCCGCCGCAGCGCUACGGCCACGUGCUCAACGGCUGGAUCUGCGGCGAGGAGGCGCUGCUCAUGGAGCGCUACGACGACGACACGGUGGCCGAGACCUGCACCGAGCUGCUGCGCCGCUUCACAGGAAACCCAGACAUUCCCAAACCCAGGCGGAUCCUGCGCUCCUCCUGGGGCAGCAACCCCUACAUCCGGGGGUCCUACUCCUUCACCAGGGUGGGCUCCAGCGGGGGGGACUUCGAGAGGCUAGCCACGCCCCUACCCUGCGCUGACAGCACCAAGGCCCCGCCUCUCCAGGUCUUGUUUGCUGGGGAGGCCACCCACAGGAAAUACUAUUCCACUACCCAUGGUGCUUUGCUGUCAGGCCAAAGAGAGGCCAAUCGCCUGGUAGAGAUGUACCAGGAUUUGCACAGUGCUAAAACCACAACGCCUAACGUGUAAACCGACAAACCAGAACCACUGACUAGUGAUGAACACACAAAUUAAAUUGUGAUGUCCGAUUUUUUGUAUGUUUGGACGAUAAGUUACACAUCUUACAAUCAAUCUGGGGGCAUUACAUAGUAUGAAUUAAGUCUAACUUCAAAUGUACUGUAGAAUAAAACAUACAGUUUUACUUGACGUGUAUUAAGUUUCCGUGGGUGCUGUCAAUAUUUUGUCUUAUCAUUUUUUUUAUCAUCGAUGUCAUAAUGUUUAUAAUAACAGCAUUUAGGAUUUAACUUAUUUUUUGUAAGUGCCUUCUGUAUCUAAUCUGAUUCUGAAUGAUGAGAAUUCUGAUUAAAAGGAAGAACACUUAACAAUCUUAAUAAAUGUUUUCAUAUGGUCCGAAGUAAUAUUUGUUCAGACAUAUCAGUAGUUACAUUACGUUAUACUUCGGUUCCACAUGUUCAUCCGUUGUUGAAAAAGUAUGCCUUUUUUUU